CCCCCUUCUCCUCAUCACCCCCUAAACGGGGAAAUGAGUCGGACCGGACCGGUUCGGCCGCGCCCCUCAACGGUCCCGUUGAAUGAAUCCCGAUGAACGUGGCUCGGACUGCACGGAACCGCCUCACACACCCCCAUCCCGCCCCACGCUUCCCUCAGGCGGCCGCUCUGUGCCCUCCGAGGUGUUCCCACCGCCAACCCCACGACUCCCGGCCCGGCUCUCCCUCAGCUCGGCCGCCGCCCGGACUCACCAUGGUCUGCAGCCUGUAAUGGCAAAGUAUAAGAAACGCCGACGAAAACAGAGAGCCAGAGCCAAACUUGUCCUGCAAAACAAGGGCAGUGCUGCAAACCCUGAGAACACAGCUUGUCCUUCUCCACGGUCAGCAGGUGAUCUUCCUCUGAACACAUCAUCUGUCCCAAGCCAUCUGUCCUCACUAUGGUCAAUAGCUUUGCCCAGUGUAAAAAAUGUGGUAAAACCCUUCACAACAACAGCAUCAUUUUUGUACUGUCGGUGCCAGAACACGGUUGCACAAUGUUUUAAGAUGGUUAAAGACACCAUAUUUCCAUCACAAAUCUACCUAAAGGAGCUAAAUACCUUCAGAGAGCAGCUGCAAAAGUUGGAAACUGAGCUUUUCAGACUCCAAGGAGCACUGCAGAUGAAUGGGAUUGCAGCUUUGCCUUCAGAAAACUCUCUUUGUCAAAGGUGUAACAAACCAGUCCUGGCUGCUCCUGUACAAGUGCAGAUGGAUUCAUCCACUUCAAUAUCCAGAAUUCCUGCAGUCCAGCUGCAGCCUGGAUCUGCACCCCCUCCACCACCUCUUCCACCACCUCCUCCUCCUCCACCACCACCACCACUGCCCCCACCAAAACUGCCUCCAGCACCUCUCCUCCUCAAAAGGGGCAGUGGCUCCAAAGCACUUUUGGCACCAUCACCAAAAAAAGAUGGGCCCAUGCAGAUCACCCUCAAGGAUCUCCUGAAUGUGAAGUUGAAGAAGACAAACAGCAGCCUGAGAAUGGACAAGGCAGAAUCACCAAUGAAGACACGCAGGGCAUUAAUUACAGUCUCAGAUUUACAGAGUGUUAGUCUGAGACCUAAAUCCAAGCUACCACCUCCUGUUACAAACUCCUUAAAUACCCCUCCUAAAAAUCAGUUAGAUCUUCGAAAACACCUGAAAAAAGUCAAUAUACAAAGAAGUCCUGGAGGCACUCCACUAAAUAGUAAAGAAAACAUAGAAUGUGGGACUGGGCUGACACCAAUAAUGACUCAGGCACUACGGCGUAAAUUUCAGAUGGCUCACCCCAAGAGUCCCUCACCUGCCCGGUUAAGUGCUGCAAACAGCUUUGAUGAACAAAAGUAGGUUUAUGGAACAAUGUAUUUGUAAUCUGUGGUCAGGAAGCCACUCAAAUCCUAUUUUUAUCUCGCUCAGGCAUAUAUAUAUAAAUUCAGUGCAUAGGAAAAUGGGGUGUUACAGAAACCCCUCAAACAGAUUUCUGCUGUUUAAAGGCAGUGUCUUUCUAACGUGUCUCAACCUGGUUGUAUCUUCUCUGUUAAUGGAAAAAAAUAAUGAAAUUUUCAGAGUCUUUUACUACCUGGCUGCUGCUGAAGCAGGGACUUGUACA